AUGCAGCAUUUAAACCUGAUGCUCUUGUGGCAAAUAAAUGAACUUAAAACCCGAUGGCAAGCAACCAAAAAUGAGGGAUACAGUUUUUGGAUUAAACAAUCAGCACCAAUCGAUGAACAAAAAAGUGCAUUAGAGGAAGCAAUAUUAGAAGCUGGGCAUAAAUGCAUUUUUUAUCCAAAGUUCCAUUGUGAACUUAACUUUAUUGAAAGAUAUUGGGGGGCAGCAAAAAGAUAUACUCGUGAGAAUUGUGAUUAUUCAUGGUCAAGCUUGCAACGUGUUGUUCCUGCAGCUUUAGAAUCUAUUGAUAUAAAAAUGAUAAGAAAAUUUGCAAGGAAAAUGUGGCGUUAUAUGGAUUUAUAUAGAAAUGGAAUUACGGAACAAAAAAGUGCAUUAGAGGAAGCAAUAUUAGAAGCUGGGCAUAAAUGCAUUUUUUAUCCAAAGUUCCAUUGUGAACUUAACUUUAUUGAAAGAUAUUGGGGGGCAGCAAAAAGAUAUACUCGUGAGAAUUGUGAUUAUUCAUGGUCAAGCUUGCAACGUGUUGUUCCUGCAGCUUUAGAAUCUAUUGAUAUAAAAAUGAUAAGAAAAUUUGCAAGGAAAAUGUGGCGUUAUAUGGAUUUAUAUAGAAAUGGAAUUACGGGUAAGUUGGUAGAAUAUGCAGCCAAAAAAUAUAAAUCCCAUCGCUGUAUUCCUGAAUAUGUAUUAGACGAGUUAAAUAAAUUUGAAUAA